CACACGAUCCUUAUCAGUGAGCGGUGCAGAUCGGCUCAAGGAUGCUUGUUCCAGUAACGUUGUGCUGUGAACUAUUGGGAUUCAUCCUUCACUAUUUUCCUUCUGUCGGUGCACAUUGCCUUGACAACGUUGCCCUUGGGAAACCUGCUGUCCAGAAUUCUAUUGGGUUCUCCGCUGGCCCGGGGCGAGCCGUGGACGGAAAUGGAGAUCUUAUCUUUGAAGGUUCAUCUUGUUCGUACACACCCAGUUCCACUGGUGACCCACUGCCGUGGUGGCGGGUGGAUCUGCAAAAGGUCGUUAACGUUGAGGCGGUCACCAUCGCUAACAGAAGAUCCAGCGAAUAUCACUGGCGUCUACACAACUUUGACAUAGAAGUAUUCUCAGCUGACCCAGUUGUUGACCCUGGAGCAAACGGUCAGCUGUGCUUUUCCUUCUUUGGGCAAUUUGGGGAUUCACUUACUGAAACCCUUAGAUGCAUGUAUCCGGUUGAGGGGCGAUAUGUCCGGAUAAAGAAGAGGCAACAUCUGAAUAGUCAGGACAGGCUGACCUUGUGUGAAGUUGCAGUCCACCCAAAGAUAUAUGAAAACAACUGCAGUUUCAGUCAGAGGUACCCUUCCACCUUUGUGCCCUACACGGAGAAGUACCUCACGACCAGACCAAAGCAUGAAAUCGUCGGAAGCUUGAAAACCUGCAUGAUUGAAUGUACAACUAUGUGGGCAUGUGAUGGCUUCAACUUCAAUCUCUUGGACAGCAGCAGUGGAAAUGGAACCUGUGAGUUUGUGUCUGUGUCACUGGCAAAUCUUUACACCAAAUCUGGAUGGACAUAUUACAAGGCCAUUUGUUCUUAAACUCCAGCACAGCCCGUGUAGGAUGUAUGAGGAAGGCUGCCCUUGCAUAUUAACAUGUCCCUUUGGUGGAGUGACUGACUGAUAGUGUUCAUAUAUAACCGUGCAGGCAUACAAGUGGACUAUGUAUCGUCAUCACUGUGACAAAACAAAUUGAGGUGCCCACCUUGACCAUGAAUUAUAUCAAUUCAACACCCAAUUUCCAGUGAUUGAGUGUGCGCUGAAAAACUAAACUCACUCACUCACUCACUCCAGUGAUUGACAUCAGGGAUAUUCAUCCAUGGCCAGGUCAAACAUAACAAUGGUGUGGCUUCGUGUGCCAAGAUUUAUAGCCUGCAUUACGAUGAGCCCGAUCCUCUUAAAAUUACGGCUGAGGUGCUGCAUUAUUUCAAUUAAAGGGACACUGAUCCAGAGCAAUUCCCCGGGACUGGUUGUUGUUUUGGCUAUUGUUUUUUCCCCACGACAACCCGGAUGAUAUCUCAGAAUUCUUGACUGGGUUGCGAUCUCUGCUGCGCCGCCCGCACGCGGAAUUGGUACAUUUAACAAAAAUUAAAAUGGCAACUGGACUUCGUAAAUCUUCACCAAAUUUUAUGAUCUAUGUGAACUGGGUAGAACCCUACUUUAUAUAAAGAUAUUCCAGCGCAUAUAAUCAUUUUGACAUUAGCUUACCUACCCCUGUACCGAAAACUUAAUACUGUCACAAAUCGUGUAUAACUGUAUUUUGACCAAACAUCAACAGUGUCUAAAUGGUUAUCACUGGAUACGCUUUUUCAAACUACACUAAAUAAUAUCGAACUAAGUGAAAUAUUAAUUUUGUCGAUCCCUCGCUUUACCAGACAGCAAAUUUAUAAUGUUGAGUAUUUACUCCAGACAGGAGAAAUGCUGUAAGGGAACCCUUGUCGGGUAAUCUAGAGGUGUUACCGCUACUUACACCUGUUAUACAUUCAUUACCUCUCCGUCAAGUGAAUGUCUCCAAAUAAACCGGUGUAGGUUUAUACCACCAUGUACAAGCAUGUGUUACAGCAAGGGAGUAGUAAGAGCUGUAGUGCUUAAACAACUUAGGGGUCGACGCUGUUUUGAGGAUACGAACGUAACUUCAUUGUUGCAUAAGAAAUA